AAAAUGUUUUUCCGAAAGAGCAAAAAAUGAGUUCCCCAAAUUUUUUAUGCAUUCUAAAUUGUGGGAAACAAUGUGAUUCCUCAAAUGCAAUCGAUAACUUGACCCAAGAAGCAUGGGAAAAACUGAAAACUAAAGCGUUAAACUGGAAAGGUACAUAUAUAGCUAUAAAAUAAUCAGUUGUAAAAAAAUGCUUUAUCUGUCACGCUUUUUAUUCAUUACUAAAAGGUUCAUUCAACAUGGUGGCAACAAUACAUCACAAUUUUUUACAUCAUAGCCGUACCAUUUACAUUUCAAAAACCUGACGGACGCAUUAUGCUAUUUUAUGAUUCUUAUAUUUUAAAAUUAAAUCAGGUCUGAACAGAUUUGGAAAUGUGUAUGACACUGUAGAUUGGGGAAAUGGGCCCAGUGGCAGACACAUGCAUGCUUCAUGUCGACUUGAUAUAUCAAGUUCCGAGAAGUUGAAUCGAGCAAGAAACCGAAAGAAGAAACGCGAAGAAGAGCAAUUGCCGUCUUGUAAGGAAGACGAACAAGUUGUGGUGGCGCCUGCUCCCAAACGUCUAAGAUCUAACGUUGGUGUUGUUCAUGACAAGCAUCUUUGCGUAUGGUGCAUGAAGCGAGAAGAUAAAAGGCAUCCGGAACGAACAGGAAAGUGGCUUCUUAUUUCAUAUCUACCAGCUUGGAACGCAUUUAAAAGCCAUACCGUGGUACUUCAAGAUGAUGUCAUGAGAGAUCGAAUAAACCGCCUUAUCGUUUCUGUCACUGACCCCUUUUCAACAGAAAUAAGGUACCACCAUAAGUGUUGGCUGAAAUAUGUUGGUUGCUAUCAAAAAAUGGCAGUUGAAGAACAGCCCGUCAUGUUGAACAAAGUAACAUUUCGCGAGGCGCAAACAAUGUUUAUAGACCAUGUCCGUUGUGUUGUAUUUGAAGAACAUGAGAUCAGAACCCUCCAAAGCCUGCUUCGUGAUUACAAGAGAAUUGUUGGGACUUACGGUUUUGAAACAUCUGGUGUGAAAUCUAGCUAUGUGAAGGAUAUGUUGUUACGUGAAUUUGGAGAGGACAUAGGAUUUCACCAACGACAGCAGAAAAACCAUAGCGAAGUCGUGUACGAUGCUAACGGUGCAGUUUCCUAUGUUGACGCAUUUAUAUCCUCGCUUGGGAUUAGUGAUGAACAACUCAUAGAAAAUGUGGCCAACAGACUCAGGAAUGACGUGAAAGAGACGACAGUAGUCCCGUGGCCUCCACAAGUUGCUGAAUUAGAGCAAAAAGAAGAGCUCCCGCCUCUUCUUACCCACCUUAUUUCGUCACUUAAGAAACCUGGUCAGGUCAGUCACGAUGUAAGAGCGCGUGCCCUUGCCUCACUCAUCACCUACUAUGUGACUGGGAAAGCAACAACAACAGCAGUAAAUCUAACAAUGACUUUACACGGACUUACACGAAGUAAAGAAUUAGUCGAUUUAUUCCAUAAAUGCGGCUUGGGAAUCAAUUAUGCGUCCGUUUUACUGUUACGUGACGCCUGGGCAGUUCAUGACAUCGAAUUGUGCAAUGAAUGCCCAAACGAAAUCGCAGAGAAUACGCCAGGUGUUAUUGUCGUUGACAAUGAUGAUUUUCGAAACGAUACCUUGACUGGCGGCGACACAUCUCAUCGUACCAACGUUAUGUAUGUACAACCGCUCUCUCUCUCUUGAGCAUCGUGAUUUGCAGUCUCGUGAACGAGUAAAGGACCGAAAAGUUUUGUCGUCCAAGAUUAAAGAGUUUACGGAAGAUAUGGUAGCACACGAUCGCUACAUUACUCGCAAACGUGGUGAACCACCACCAGUCAGCAGUAGAGUUCAGUCAAAUGCUAAUGGUACAGACUCGCAAAGAAAACGUUGUGUGAUUCACACGUUGGUUCGUGGUAAGGCUGAAGGAGGGCGUCCCCCACCCAAACAACAAACUGUUCCGGGUUUUGCAGGUUUACAAGCCAUGCUUGCAGAUUUCGUUGAAAAGAGCAAGCCGUACUAUUUUAUGACCUAUCCAGAUCCUCCAAAGAAAUCAGUUCUGAAUGAUGUUAUGAUCAAGGUGAACAAUGCCAUUGGAGUAAAAAACAUGCCAUUCGCAGUAGUUGUCGGCGAUCAACCUGUUUAUACACUGCUCGUUGAGAUUAAGAGUGAACAUCCGCAGAAAUUUGGAAAAAUCAUUCCAUUUCUCGGUCCUUUCCACAUCCAGUGUUCUAUGAUUUACACGAUAUACAAACGUCAUAAAGGGUGCGAGCUGGCUGAGGUAUUGGUUGCUGCAGGUAUCAUCGUCGAAGGUUCUGUCGAUCAAGCAUUGAGAGGGAAGCAUUAUCGUCGAGCUCUACGUUGCUUAACGCUAAUGUACGAGGCCCUUAUGCAUCUUCUCUUAACACGCUAUUUUCAAGAGUCACAGCUUGAAACUCCAACAUUGGAUCGCCUAACUCUUCUUCGUAACACAGACACGAACUCUCGAGAGAUCCUUUCCACUGCUUACCAGGAACUAGAGGACGACCCAUCCAUAGACAACCUCAUUGCCAACAUGUUUGAGAAUAUCGAAAACACUGACAUGGCCAGUUACUGGCUUGAUUUCAUGGAAAUGGUGGAAACUUUGAUGAUGAAUGUUUAUGCUGUUCACACAUGCAACUGGGAGGAGUACCUGAUUUCACUCAGAAAGAUGAUGCCCUGGAUGGUAAUCUACGAUCAGACCCACUAUGGUCGUUGGCUUCCACAUUUCUGGGCUGUGUUAGUGUCAUUACCUCCAGAUGAAAGCGAUUUUUUUGCUUCACAUUUUUCCCAGUCAAUCACAGGUAAUCCCUAUUCCUCCAUACCUUGGGAUUUGUGGAUUGAGAUGACAAUGAACAAAGGUUCAAAGUUAAAGGCUGGUUGGCUGUCCAUCCUCAGAAACGAAAAGCAAUUGAUGGUUGAUGCUAGGAAUGCCAACAAUCUUGGUCGCAUUCGUGCAGCUGUUCACAACGAGGUGAACAGUAAGGAAUUAUCUCGAAAACACAGCGAGUGUGCUCCAACCCGAUUGCUCAAGGAUGAGCAGGCGAUUCAAGAUCUUGUUUCAUGCAUCGAAGAGUUUGAUUGUUUCCCAUUUGACCCAGCAUCUCCAAAUCUGCGAACAUUGCAAUCGGCGAUACCUGCUGCUCCAGAAGUAAUCCGUGAUUUCAAGUCAGCAAAGCUUGAUGGUGAGUUAAAACUGGGAGAAUUAAUGAAGGAACGUGUGUACUCGAAAGAGAAAUCCAUUAAUGAUCGCAUCAAACGCAAUUCCCGUCUCACUUUCGCCAAAUCACCAGCGAGAAAAUCUGGACAAUGUUGUAAAGCGAAUGAAGGUGAAAUGGAAAACCAGGCAUUGGCAUCCGUAGUUAAUCUCGUUGAUGUUAGUGGCCUGAUAUCGCUGUGUGAUGUUAUGAAAUAUCGUAUCACCGAGGAGUGCCUGACGCUUUUUCACGUCAACGGUACGUUUAGAAAAACCCAGAAGAGCAAGAUUCUCCAGAAAUUGAUAGAGCGGCCUGUUACUCUUACAUCGUACACUGCUCUUAUUGAUAUGGGGAUGAUUUGGCGACUCGCGACUCCCACGGCAGAAGAAAGAGAUAAAGCUGACGGCUCUGAUUAUACAUGGAACGACUAUGCCAACAAAGUUGUCAAUAUAAUCGUUACACGCCAUGUUGCCUCCACCACUAUUAUCUGCAUAAACGAUCCGUACGAUCGGGCGGAGUCCAUCAAAGAUGACGAGCAUGAGCUUCGUACCCAGAAACAAGCUUACAUCCCUAACGUGUUUAUCAAAUUAGGUGACAAGUUCCCGUCUGCCAAGAAGUUUCAAACAUUCCUUUGUAGUUCUGGCAAUAAGAAGCGUCUUCAGAACCUCAUUAAAUCGUAUCUAUCGAAAGUCGCGCAGUCUUUGCAUCAAGUGUUCAUCUAUUCAGUUGGCAAGGAAUGUACCAACGUCUCAUCUGCUGUUGUCCUACAAGAUCUAUCUUUCGAUCAAUGCGAAGCUGAUACUAUCAUUCUCUCGGUCUACGCAGCUUUGCGAGCAUCGGGUAACAACGACCCCGUGGUAAUAGACGCCGCAGAUACCGAUGUAUAUGUUCAAGCAGCAGCUGUUUCACGGGAGUUUUCUGGUAUUCUCUGCGUUAAGAAAAAACAGAAACUGCUUUGCUGUAGGGCAAUGUGCGAUAAUGAAGAAAUCGCCAAAUGCCUAAUCCCGUUCCACGUGAUGACUGGAUGUGAUUCCAAUAGCUGCUUUUAUGGUCACGGAAAAGCGACAAUUUACGCAAAGUUGGUAAAAAACGCCGAAGCCCGUAAAUUGCUUGCCAAAUGUGGGAUGAACCUUCCAUUGGCAGCAGACGUCUUGGAUGAUCUCAUCUCUUUCAUUAUUCGCUUUGUCUAUGGUGAUACACAUAGUUCAUCACUAGACAUGUCCCGCGCGGCUAAAUGGAAAGCACAAAAGAAGAAAUCGUUGAGGCGACUUCCUCCAGAUCUGGACAGUUUAAAGCAACACAUCAUGCGAGCCAAUUACCUAUCAUACAUUCAGCGCCACCCUGAAGAAAAAACGCAUCCUUCGCCUAUCGGUCAUGGAUGGGAACUGGUGAAUGGACGCUGUAAACCAGUACGCCAUACACAGCCUUCCCUUCCGGUUUCUUUGCCCAAGGUAGACGAGGAACUUUUUGAAAACAUUUCUGAUUCUGAGGCUGAAUCUGAAGCAUCAUUUGACUUAAACGAUUCAGAAUUUGACACUUCGUCGGAUGAACUUGAAUAGUCUGUAUUCUGACAUAAAAGCUUGUUUAGAACAGUUUUA